GUUUAUAGGUGAGCUCUCACUCUGAUGGUUUAUAGUGGUGAGCUCUCACUCUGAUGGUUUAUAGGUGAGCUCUCACUCUGAUAGUUUAUAGAUGAGCUCUCACUCUGAUGGUUUAUAGGUGAGCUCUCACUCUGAUGGUUUAUAGGUGAGAUCAUACACAUAAUAAACUGAUUCAUUUGAACAUGAUUGCAGGUCUUCGUGUUGCCAUGGGACUCGAACCAGCGACACAGAGGUGACGACACGCUGAGGAGGAGGAAGACGAUGAAGAGCAGGAGGAACAUCUGAGCAGAAUGCUGCCCGAAAGUACAGACGACGAAACAGUGAAAAGACCAGAAGAAGAAAAUAAAGAAGAAGGAGGAGAGGAAGAGGAGUCUGUCCUUCCUCCUCCUCCUCCUCCUGUCACCAUGACGACCUGGAACGACGACCUCACCGUCCAAUCAGACACCGCGCUGAACCCGGACGGAGGCUGGGACUCGGGCGAGGAUUCGGCGGCGCUGUCGGACUCGAACAGGGAGCUGUUACUAUGGCAACAGCGGGAGCAGGAGGAGCGCGACGAGAAGGAGGAGAAGGAGACGCAGGCGGUCGCUUCGUCUCCAGAUGGACGAUUCCUCAAAUUCAACAUCGAGAUCGGACGAGGAUCCUUCAAAACGGUUUAUAAAGGACUGGACACGGAGACGACGGUGGAGGUGGCCUGGUGUGAACUACAGACUCACCGUCUGAACCGGUCGGAGCGCCAGAGGUUCAGUGAGGAGAUCGAGAUGCUGAAAGCGUUGCAGCAUCCGAACAUCGUCCGUUUCUUUGACUCGUGGAAAUCAGUGAAAGGAACGAGAUGCACGAUCCUGGUGACGGAGCUCAUGACCUCCGGCACUCUGAAGACAUACCUGCGCAGGUUCCGCCAGAUGAAGCUGAAGCUGCUGCAGCGCUGGAGCUUCCAGAUCCUGAAGGGUCUGCAGUUCCUGCACUCACGCUGCCCCCCCAUCCUGCACCGAGACCUCAAGUGUGACAACAUCUUCAUCACCGGACCCACCGCCUCCGUCAAGAUCGGAGACCUGGGCCUCGCUACGCUCAAGAAGGCCUCGUUCGCCAAGAGCGUCAUCGGAACCCCGGAGUUUAUGGCUCCUGAGAUGUAUGAGGAGAAAUAUGACGAGGCCGUGGACAUUUACGCCUUCGGUAUGUGCAUCCUGGAGAUGGCCACGUCCGAGUAUCCGUACUCAGAGUGUCGGAACGCCGCUCAGAUCUACCGGAAGGUCACCACGGGAAUCAAACCGGACAGUUUCUCCAAAGUGAAAGUCCCGGAGCUGAAGGAGAUCAUCGACGGCUGCAUCCGGACCAACAGCAGCGAGAGGUUCACGGUUCAGGACCUGCUGGAUCACCGGUUCUUCCAGGAGCAGCUUGGCGUCCACGUGGAGCUCGCUGAGGACGACGACGGCUCCAAGGAGGCGCUGACUCUGUGGCUGCGAAUGGACGGCAACAAGAAGCUUCACGGGAAAUACAAAGACAACAACGCCAUCGAGUUCCUGUUCGAUCUGUACAAAGACGUCCCCGAGGUGGUCGCCCAGGAGAUGGUGGUGCUGGGCUUCGUGUGUGAGGCGGACUAUAUGCUGGUUGCCAAGGUGCUCAGAGACCGCGUGACGGCCAUAAAGCGUCAGCGGGAGAAGCAGCGCUGCCUGGCGGAUGAAACCGUGAACCGCCAGCAGGAAGUCGUCAUCGAGGAGGAGUCUGAGCCCGCCCCCCCACAUCCUGAGGCGUCCAAUCAGAAGCCUGCACCUGCAGCCGGCAAGCAGGACUCAGCCGUUUUGUCACCGCCAGCCGCCGGCUCGACAUCAUCGGCCCCACCCCCGGUAACAACGACAACAUCAGCCCUGCCCCCGGUAACAACGACAUCAUCGGCGGCGCCCCCGGUAACAACGACAUCAUCAGCCCUGACCCCGGUAACAACAACAUCAUCAGCCCUGCCCCCGGUAACAACGACAUCAUCGGCGGCGCCCCAGGUAACAACGACAUCAUCGGCCCCGCCCCCGGUACCAACGACAUCACCGGCGGCGCCGUCUAGCAGCAGCCCAGUGGAUUCUGGGAUCAGCAGCAUCUCCAACAGAACAGACAGAGACGAAGAGGACGAGAAGAUCAAACCUGCCGUCACACCAGCCCAAGAUUUAGUCUCCUCCCCUACUUCCCCAGGAAAGGUUGAAGCUACGCCUCCUCCUGUCAGGGGCCCUGGCCCACAAAUUUCUGCCCCUGUCCCUACACCUACCCUUGCUCCUGCCCCUGCCCCCGUACCCACUCCCACCCCUGCCCCUACUCCUACCCCUAGUCUUAUUCCUGCCCCUGCCCCUACUCCUACCCUUGCUCCUGCCCCUAACCCUGCCCCUACUCCUGCCCCUAAUCCUAUUCCUGCCCCUACUCCCACUCCUGUUCCUGUUCCUGUCCCCACUCCUGCCCCUGCCCUAACUCCUGCCCCCAUCCUUACUCCUACUCCUGCACCUACUCCUGCCCCUACUCAUGCCCCUGCCCCCACUCCUGCCCCCAUCACUACCCCUACUCCUGCUCCUGCCACUGCCCCUACUCCUACUCCUGCGCCUGCCACUGCCCCUUCUCCUGCUCCUGCCCCUACACCUGCCCCUACUCCCGCUCCUACUCCUGCCCCCACUCCUCCCCCUGCCCCCACUCCUGCCCCAAUCACUACCCCUAUUCCUGCCCCUGCCACUGCCCCUACUCCUGCUCCUGCCCCUGCCAAUGCCCCUACUCCUACCCCUGCCACUGCCCCUACUCCUGUUCCUGCCCCUGCCCCUACUCCCACUCCUACUGUUGCCCCUGCCCCUACUCCCGCACCUACUCCUGCCCCCACUCCUGCUCCUGCCCUAAUUCCUGCCCCUACUCCUGCCCCUCCCCUCAUACCCACUUCCACCCCUGCCCCAACUCCUGCCCCUACUCCUGCCCCAACUCCUGCCCCUACUCCUGCCACUACUCCUGCCCCUACUCCUGCCCCUGCCCUAACUACUGCCCCUACUCCUGCCCCUGCCCCAACUCCUGCCCCAACUCCUGCCCCUACUCCUGCCACUACCCCUGCCCCUACUCCUGCCACUACUCCUGCCCCUACUCCUGCCCCUGCCACUGCCCCUACUCCUGCCCCUACUCCUUCCCCUACUCCUGCCCCUGCCCCUGCCACUGCCCCUGCCCUUACUCCUACUCUUGCCCCUGCCCCUACUCCCGCUCCUACCCUUCGCCUCCAGAAUCGUCUCCCUGUGACCAGGACAAAGAAGCCUCCACCUCUCCCCAUGCUGUGCCACCCCAAGAGCAUCGCGGUUUCCCAGAACCCCGAAACUCCUCCGUCUGCCAGCGGUUACAGCUCACCUGCCGACAGCUAUGCCUCUGAUGUUACCUCCGGUCUGAGUGACGGAAACGAUGGCCAAUCAGAAAAGAGCAAACAGGAAGUGACCAGCCGGUCGGUAGCAAGGCAGUUCAGGAGGAAAGCGAGAGCUCGUCUGAGAAUCACAGGGCUGUCAGACAUCGCUGAACGCGUGGUUGAGUGUCAGCUGCAGACUCACAACAACAAGAUGGUGACGUUUAAGUUCGACCUGGACGGAGACAAUCCUGAUGACAUCGCCUCGGUGAUGAUCCACAGAGACUUCAUCAUGCCGUCAGAGUGGAACGAGUUCAUCCUUCGUAUGAACGACAUCAUCAACAGAGUUGAGUCCAUGUUGCAGCAGCCGCCGGCGUCAGACGCCGUCCGGUUGUCUCAGCUGAACGCCGCCGCGCCGCCUGAACCCAAGACUAAUCUAGAAGAUCAGAGUCUCUCCAGAUCUCUGUCCUCAUCGUCUCUACCUGACAUUGAGGACGCCGACCCUCCCCCGCUGAAGGCUGCAGACUUCCACAUCGACCCCGACGCUUCGCCUGCCGUUAGGCCGCUGAGGUCUCAGUCCUUCCACACCUCAUCAUCAGCUUCCUCCAAUCAGCCGCCCGUCUAUCCCCAACCCCCCCCUCUUCCUCCUCCUCCUCCUCCUCCUCCUCAGUUUAACCUCCCGCCCCCCCCCUUCUCCCCCGUCCCCUCCUCGUCUUCCUCAGUCCCCCCUUCCCCUCCUAACUGGCCCCCCCAUAACCAGCCUCUCUUCUCUCUGGCCAAUGUGCUCUCUUUGGCCAUGAGUGUUGCCCAAUCCUUACUGCCCCCAGCUGGGUCCUCCAACCAGAGCUUUCACCCCCCGCCUGUGUCCCCUCCCUUCCUCCCCCUCUCUCCCCCCCUCUCUCUUAAGCUCCCCCCUCCCAACCGCGCCUCCUUCUCUGCUCCGCCCCUCCCCCAGCAGACCUACGCCCCACCUACGCCUCCGACAGGCUCAGCCCCCGACAGCCAGCAGGGGGCGUCGUUCAGCCGUAAUCCAGACGCACCUCAGCGUCAGAGUCCAGCUCAGCAGGUCGGCUCAGCUCCGCCCCCCCAAGGUUCAGAGCUCGCUGACUCCUCCCCCUCAGCCUCCAAUCCUCUCAACACAGGUUCCUCCUCCAUCGCUCCGCCCCCCCCACAGGAGGUGGCGAAACCUCCAGUCUUAACUGUCGGCCGUUUCCAGGUGACGCCCUCCAAAAAUACUCCUGCUGUCCAUCCUCAGGAGCUGCGCCCGCUCAGCCAAACCAUUCCCACCCCACACUCCCCGCCCCCGUUAGACAAAUCCCCCAGCUCAGAGAGCAGCACAGAGGAGCAGAGGGAUUCAGAGAGCAGCGUGGAGACAGUGACGGUCUCCCCGUUUGGGCAUCGUCCUCCGGGUUACCAUAGCAACCCUGGAGGACAGGAGGAGAGUGAGGAGGGAGAGGAGGAGACGGGGAGCGGAGGUCGGAGGUUGAGCGUCAGUCUGUCGGACGAGUCGGCCGGCAGCCGCGUGCUGAGCGGCAGCAGCUUCAGCCAAUCGAGGAGCCGCUCUGCCCCCUACAUGAGCUCUGACGAAUCAGAGAGCGAGAAUGAGGAGAUGUGGGAGGAGCUACAGGAGCUUCGGGACAGACACCUGGUGGAGGUGCAGAACCUGCAGGCCAAUCAGAAACAAGAGAUUGAGGCACUGUACUGGAAAAUGGGUAAAGCUCCGCCCCCCAACAUCGUCUCAGCCGCCAUCAUGUUGAACCACCGCCACCGCCGCCUCUCCAAGACCGGAAACUACCUUCCUACUCGCAGAAACAGCCUGCAUAGACUGGACACGCUGCCCCCUGCAGGUAUCAUGAGGAAGAGCUCGGCCAGCAGCAGCGGUGGAUCUCAGGAGAAGGCAGGGAAAGGUGUGAGCUUCGUCCCUGGACACAGCUGCAUGUGAACGUGCUGACUGAAGACAUGACAGAGAGCAUCACACAGGAAUAUAUGAAGAGAAGAAGAGGAGUCACUUUAUUAUCAAACUGUCAAAAAACAUGAAAAUCUUUCACCUCACUGACUUCUGAUACUUGAAUCAAU